AUGGCGCCAGCAGCAGCUGCCGGGGCGCGCGGAGGAGCUCACAACCUCCUUCGUGCUGAAAGGCGACGCGGCGCACAACCAGGCGAUGGUGCACAUGAUGGGCGAGAACAGCAGCGAGAACGGCGGCUACAUGGGCCACAUGACGAGGUCUGGUGGGCCGGAUUCGGCCCGCGGGCCUUGUGUUUGACACCCGUGUUCUAA